AUCCCCUAAAAAAGGAAAAAAGCAGAAAGCGCCACACAAGGAAGUUUUCUGCUUCAGUCCCUUCAUGAAAAUAAGUCCUGGCCCUCCAGUAACAGUUGAAAUGGAUCAAUGGGAGGCCCCGACUUCUUUAGGACCCACAGAAGCCAAAGAGAACGCCUCAUCACCGAUACUUAACAGUUCUUGCGAGAAACUGGAAUUCUACAUGGUUCUCACCAAGGCCGAGAGGACCGCCAUCGGCUCCAUCUGUUUCCUGGCGGGUCCCAUCACACUGCUGGAAAACGCUCUGGUGUUGGGAGUGAUCGCGACAACCGCCUCCCUGCGACAGCGGCCUUCGUAUCUGUUCAUCGCCAGCCUCGCUCUGGCGGAUGUCUUCGCCAGCUGCUUCUUCACCACCAGCUUCCUGGACUUCCACCUCUUUCGCCGCUGCGACGGCCCCACCGCCUACCUCUUCAAACUAGGUGGCGUCACCUUGGCCUUCACCAGCUCGGUGGGGAGUCUGCUGCUGACCGCUCUGGACCGCUACCUUUGCAUCCAGCAGGCCUCCAGCUAUAAGGUGCUGCUGACCCGCCGGCGGGCCGUGCUGAGUCUGCUGAUCCUCUGGAGCGCCACCGUUUUCAUCUCCUUCUUGCCGCUGAUUGGCUGGAGGUGUCCCACGGAGUUUGAACCACGCUGCUCGUCCCUGUUUCCCUACGUCACCCGGGGCUAUCUGGCCUGCUGGACCAGCUUCACGCUGGUGCUUCUGGCUCUCAUUCUGUGUGCUUAUGCUCUCAUCCUGUGGAAGGCCCACCGCCACGAGUCCUCCAUGGCCAGCCUCCAGGGAGCAGCAGCGACAGGCCAUGCCCGCAUGAGGAUGGAUAUCCGGCUAGCACGUACCUUUGGCCUGAUCCUACUCAUCAUGGUGGGCUGCUGGCUUCCUGCACUCUCAUUCAUGGUAGCUGACGUCUCUGUGCUCCUGACUCCCACCCAACAGAGAGCGUUCGCCUUUUGCAGCACCCUCUGCCUGCUCAACUCCUCCAUCAACCCAUUGCUGUAUGCGCUGCGCUGUCGAGAGCUAAGAGUCGCUCUCCUGCAGCUGCUACAAAGGCUGUGUGAGAUUGGAAGGUGUCGAAAAUCGACAGAGGCUUUGACCCCAAGAUUGCCCUCCACAGAAGACAACAACUGCACUGCCAUCUCUGAGGAUGAGACGCCCAGAACCAGAACCACACACGUUGCCUCAGUCCCAGAGAUGAUGAACAAUCGAGAGCCGAACAUUUGAAAAUGAGUUAAAAUUGAGGAGUGGUUGU